AUGCAAAAACAGAAAACACCAAUAAAAAACCAAACCAUAGAAUCCGGAGUCCAACUAUUUGCAAGAAUAAAGAGUGAACAAUAUCAAGCGUUGAAUGGUAUUAAUCCAAAAUUGUUCCCCGAAGGUGGCCCUUUUGGUAAUCAAGUAAUUGAAGUUGUAUUCAACCAAGAAGACACAGACUAUACAGAUUUCUUGAUGGAUUUCAUCGUACGGGCAAUUCUACCUUCCAGACUUUCGCCAGAAUUCAAAGAAUCUAAUGUUAUUUUGCUACAGUCCGAUUUUCAUAUGGACAUCAAAAAAAUUAUUAAGGUUAUUGAGAAGAAACUUGAUCAAAAUAACAUAAAAAAGAACAAUCGAGUGCCUAUUAUAGAAGAAACUCUAAAACGUUUGGUAAUUCUAAAUUGCUAUAAUUCUGAUAUCUUAGAAAUAAGUUUUCAUAAUUUAGAACGCAUAAUUAAUAAUUGCCAGAACCCUGGUUUAGUUGUAUUAGAUAAUUGUCUAUCACAAUACUGGACAAAAAAAUUUAUGAACUGUAGGCUAAGUUUUGACGAGCACUGUAUUAAAACUGUGGAUUCACUUUUUGAAAAAAUAAAAGAUUUGAAUGUAGUUUUAAUGUAUGGAAGAACUUGUACCACUACUAAUACUGAUAAUUUAAAAAGAGGCAAUCAAGUUUCUUAUGUCAUUAAUAUUGUUAAAAAUAGUAAAUUAAGUUAUACAGCUUGUGUUACCAAUUUGGAAAAAAAUUGUUCAAAUCAAGUACAUUUUAAUGUUAAGGGAGGUGUAGAGUUUUUUUAA